AUGCGUUCUUCCUUGAUUUCCCCAGCCUUGUGGUUGGGUAUGACGACAGUCGUUUCUGUUGCUACUUCUCAGGACCCUUCCUCAACUGGGGAUACAACAGAUGCCACAGCCUAUACGUGGCCUACUGAACCCUACCCUGGAGCAAGCAUUUGGCUUGAGUGGAUCAGCUCGGCCAGCGUCAGCUCCGGAACCACCUCGGACUCAAGCUCGACUGCUUCGACUUCCGCCUCUUCGCCCAUCGAUGGCACAAGCACGACCGUUUCGACGACUGAUGCUACGACAUCUAGCUCAACAACCUCCUCGAUUCUGGACUCUGCAACACCAACGUCUGUCUCCGUCACGACCACGUCUAUCACUCAGAACUCGGCCACCUUUUCUGGCUCAUUUACAAGCUCGACUACUUCGGGAGGGGAGGGUCCCGUGACCACUGCCACUUCCUCCAGCGUGAUGUCAGUCUCAGGCUCGGUCACCAGCACAACAUCUGCUCCUUCUUCUCCGAGUACGUGCCCAUACGCGGGCCUGACCUUCUUGAGCCCAGAUGACACGUGUGUGUGGUACGACUUUGUCUGCAAUCGCACGUACGCGGAGAGCAGUUUCCGAGGGAGCUGGAUCACCAGAGGAAGUCCAGAGCUGUGCGCUGAACGUUGCGAUACUGCAAACGAGAAUCAAGGAGCCGGGUACUGCGUGGGCGUGGUUUUCAAUACUACAGCCACAACCGACAACUGCAGAAUGCUGAAGAAUACCAAGACCCCCCUUGACAGCAUCGACACUAUCGCUCUUGUGCUCGUCCGUGAUCUGAAUUGUGGCAGGGUUGCCGAAACUACCACCACGACGGCAAGCUCUACCACAAUUUCUCUUUCGACUUUCACUACCUCUCUUGGUUCCGUUACAACUGGGUCCGCCAGCGCUGUGUCCGCUUCGUCUCCAUCGCCAAGUGGCUCUACUUCAGGCGUGACUUCAAGCACCCCCCUUAGUGCUGGCUCCAUCACCACAACCACAACUUCUGGCAGCACGAUCACAGGCGAGCCCGAUACCACCUCCGUGAGCCGGUCCUCGCGCAGCCGCCGCCUCUCUGGAUCCCACAGCAACAGUUGGACCUACAGCUGGGGCAGCAGCCAUUCCAGAUGGUCUGCUACCUCUGACGGAGCCUCUACUACUGCCGGUCAAUCAGUAACGGGCUCUGCCGCCACCACGACCACGACCACGACCAGCACAAGCUUUGGUUCCAACGACACCCUAACUAGCUCCUCUACAAUCUCUAGCCCAGCAAAUGCAACCUCUACCUGGGCCAGUAGCACGAGUGCUCUUUCAAACGCCACUGUUACGACGAGCAUAUCGGCAUCUCCCAUUGCAACUACCACAACUUUGUUUAACACUUCCAUGACCACGUGGACGUCCUCUCUCAACUCCACUUCUGCAGCUCCCUCGGCAACCACGACUUCGUUCGCCAACUCUACCACGAGCUCUGUCUCCGCGACCACUACCUCUACAACGAGCAGUAGCUGCCCUGCCUCAGUCACCACGGUGACAAUCACAAUUUCUGACGGCCCUGCAAGCGUUACUGGUCCCGUCGUCACCGUCACGGGGACAGUCACCGAGACAAGUACCAUAACGAGGACGACCAAGACGAUCACUACAUCAACUGGUACCCGGACACGCUACACAACCACCACGGAGACGGACACGGAGACCGUGACCACGACAUUCACCUCGUCCACGACCAUGACGAGCACUGCCACGGUCACCACGACUCAAACCUUUGGUCAGCGCUGGGGAAGGAUUCAUUGGUAA